AUGUUGGCGCCCUUUUGGUUGAUUUGGGUGACAUUGUUUAGAGCUUGGGUAUUUGUGUCGAUAGGAAUAGACGUCAAGGGGAAUAGAGUGAGGGCCUGGGUGAUGCCAGGCUUGGACGACACCUUGCUGGGUGGAUUGGGUGACGCCUUGGAGAAACAGUGUGGGCGAUGCCAGGGGCUGCUUGGGCGAUGCGUCGUUUGGGCAGCACCUCGGGUUGCUAUUGGCGCCUCAAGUCGCUUGGGCGACGUCUCGGGUGGCUUAGGGGAGCCUCAAGUCGCAUGGGGCGUCUCGGACUCUCGGAUCGCUUGGGUGGCCCCUUGGGUCGUUUGGGCGGCGCCUCGGGGAGAAGCUGUGGAUACAAUUCCCAAUUUCCUGAGAGAAUGUGGGGCUUCCCUUUUGGUUACAGACUUCUCACCUUUACGGGAAGUUCAGAGAUGGAAAGUGGAUAUUUGCAAGAGGGUGGGUGAUUCAGUGUCAAUUCAUGAGGUUGACGCACACAACAUAGUGCCCAUUUGGAUGGCAUCGGAGAAAUUGGAGUACAGUGCUAGGACUAUAAGGGGUAAGAUAAAUAAACAGCUUCCUGAGUUUCUAAUUGAUUUUCCGACACUGGGGCCUCCGAAUAGAAAAUGGGCUGCUAAAAAUCAAUUGAUAGAUUGGCCGGUCCUCAGAGCAGAUGUCUUAAGGAAAGGAGCAGAAGUACCUGAAAUAGAAUGGUGUGAACCUGGAGAACAUGCUGCCAUGGAAGUAUUGAUAGGGAACAAAAAUGGGUUCUUGAUGAAAAGAUUGAAGAACUAUUCCACAGACAGGAAUAACCCAUUGAAACCCAAAGGGUUGUCUAAUCUUUCUCCAUAUUUGCAUUUUGGGCAGAUAUCAGCACAGCGGUGUGCCUUAGAGGCACGUAGAGUCCGGAAACUUUGUCCUCAGUCAGUUGAUGCAUUCUUAGAGGAGUUGAUCGUGCGCAGAGAACUUGCUGAUAACUUUUGCUUCUACCAGCCUCACUAUGACUCUUUACAGGGGGCAUGGGAAUGGGCACGUAAGACCUUGAUGGACCAUGCCUCUGAUAAGCGAGAACAUAUAUACACGCUUGAGCAAUUGGAGAAGGCACAAGCUGCAGAUCCUGUAAGCAAUUGAGGUUCUUUGGAAUGUUUAUUAAUUGACCCUUUAAUGAAUAAUUUUGGAGGAGGUUGUUAUUUGAUCCCAACAAUUUUAAAAGGUGUAUGGUUGAGAUCUGCUUCUCAUGAAGAUAAUGCAUUGGUGUAUGUGCAUCUGCAUUUAAUUUAUUUGUGUUUUCUGUCGAAUCUGCUACCUGUUUUACUCAUAUUAUUAUAUGCAUAUUCUGGUUAUUUUCUUUUGUCAUUUUCAGCUUUGGAAUGCUUCUCAGUUGGAGAUGGUUCAUUAUGGGAAGAUGCAUGGUUUCAUGCGGAUGUAUUGGGCUAAAAAGAUUCUCGAAUGGACAAGAGAGCCUGAGGAAGCUCUUGCAAUUUCAAUAUAUUUGAACGACAAGGUAAUUUAACUGUUAAGUUUUAUUUUGCACACACAGACACAGUUAUUACUCAAGUCUCAUCAGGUUUCUUUGCUCUUAAUGUCUCUGCUUCAAGUAUGAAAUUGAUGGAAGGGAUCCAAAUGGAUACGUUGGUUGCAUGUGGUCUAUUUGUGGUGUACAUGACCAGGGAUGGAAAGAGCGACCAAUUUUUGGAAAGAUACGUUAUAUGAACUACGCAGGCUGCAAGAGGAAAUUUGAUGUUGAUGGUUACAUUGCUUAUGUAAAGAAGCUAACAGGAGACAUUAAGAAGAGGAAAGCAGAAACCAUGCUCAGUGAUAACGCCAAGGAACUCCGAAGUUGACACUAUUGGCUAACAAAUGGGAUCGUAUUUCCAAGUACAGGAUAUCGUUCAUGAUUUAUUCACAGGGGGGUGUGUUUCCCUCGGCAGAAUGAAAAAGAUUUAGAUUAUUUAAAGUUAAAUUUAUUUAAAUUUAGCUUGGUUGAUCCAUUUUGAGUUUUCGAAUCUUUUUUACCGUUGUGACAGUGCUCUCUCUUUUUUGUCAUGCUGGAUUGGAUUAAUCUGUGACAAGAUUCAAACUAUUGUACCACAUUUAGUAGAUGUCGUCAGUUUCAUCAGAAAUAUAAAUAUGUUGUAGGU